AUUUGGCAGGAUGAUGAGCCCUGUAGAUCCAGAGGAAGAGCCGGUCUCGCCCAGGUCCGACUCCGGUGACUCCGCUCAAUGGUGUGUAGUGUCUCCAGAAGUGAAGUCACAGAACCCUCGGCGGCUGGCGCCACCUGUUGCAGUUUCAGGACACGAUGAUGCAGAGGAGAGACAUCUGGAUCUCCUCUCCGUUCCAGAUACGCCUCAUGUAGAUCUUGAGCAGGAUGAUGACCAUCUAGAGAGCUCCAAAUCAACACCAAAGUCUGCUGAAGCCCAAGAUGACGGAUCUGACGAGUCCCAGAAGCGCUGGAGCCAGGCUGAGAAGCUGCAAGAUGAUAUUCGCAAGGCCAGGGAGGCCAGUCCUCCCAAAAUGCGCUCCAAGUGCUACUUCAGAAUGCUUGUGGCGGGCGCUCCGGCAACCGGCAAGACAACCUUCAUCCAGAACCUGUCCAUGACGUACGGGCAAAACGAUGACAACGACUUCAGCUCGCCCUCCUUCAAGCGCACGAUGCAAUCCUCAAUGCAGCACUCCUCCAGCACCGGCGAGUUCCUGGAGAGCUUCAGCAUUGACCCCACCCGUGUGGAGGACUUCAUGGACUGGCCCGCCGACUUGUGCACGCGCGUGGACCUGUCAGACGAUUCUGCCAAAAUCGACUACCAAAUAUUUGUCCAGGACACCCCAGGGUUCCAGGCUGAAGGUCCGGAGACAGAGGCCAUCUUGGCUUUCAUCAACGACGGCAAUGUGGCCUACAUGAACCACGAGCAGGCUCAGCACCGCACAGGGCCCAUGUCAGAGUUUGAGGACACGCGGGUGGAUGUGUGCCUGUACUUCAUCACUCCCCACAACCUGCGCCCCGUGGACAUUGCAAUGAUGGAGCAAAUCGGCGAGCUUGUGCCUGUCAUCCCCGUCAUUGCCAAGGGAGACUCUAUGACAAGAUCAGAGCUGGACGACUUCCGUGCGCAUGUCAGCGAGGCUGUGCGCAUCGGCAUGCCUGGCUCGCCUGUGUACCAGUUCACCGCAGAAGACCUCACUAGCACAGGAUUGGAGGGCUCCACUCGAGUGUUUUCUGUCAUCAGCAGCUGCAUCGUGGACGCAUCGGUCGGCAGGCACUGGCCGGUGCGCAGCUACCCUUGGGGCACGGCCGAGGCGCUGCGCUCCAAGCACUCGGACGUGCUGGCGCUGCGGCGGCUGCUGUUUGAGCUCUCCUUCGACACCCUCAAGCGACGCACAGACGACCGCUACUACAAGUUCCGGGCCAACCGUCUCAGCGCUGCCACCGUGGCCUCUGAAGCAGAGGCAGCUGUGGAGGAGCCGGAUGAGGCCAAGAUCGUUGAGGAAGGCUCCAUCGAGACAGGUCUGGCUGCGCCCGCCAGCACUGGUGCCACCUCCCAAGCCAAGCCUGCAUCCAGUAGGAACAAGCGGCAAGCACCCUACAGCAGACCCCCUGACGCCAUGGAUAUCUUCAUCGCGCUCUUCAGCGGCAUCAUGUUCAUCUUUGCCAUCUACGGCGCGGUGGCCUUUGUGGCUCCUGGCCGUGCCUGGACCCCAUUCGCCGCUCCUGCUCUCUCCCCUGUCUCAUCAAACCAGACCCAGACGAAACCCUGCCUGAGCACGCUGGACCUGACAGAGCUGGAGUCGCCGGACAAGGCGCGGCUGCGGGAGGUCUGGGCGCUGCUGAGUCUAGCGCAGGCCGUGGGCGAGCAGCAGGACCCCUCUCUUUGCUCCCAGGAGCGCGGCGCCCUUGCUUACCAGGCGGGCAUGGCCAAGGCGGAGCUGGAAGCCGCGGAGAAGGCGCAGCGCAGCUUCAAGAAGCUCUCCCGCAGCGUGCGCGAGGCGCUGGCGGCCAAGGCGCUGCGCUGGCGCGCGGCCGCCGGCGGCCGGGCCGAGCAGCUCGGCGCGGCCGUCCGCGCCACCGCGCACCGCGUCGCGCAGAAGCUUCCCGUGCGGGGCGACGGCUCCGGCACCAUGGUCAUCGAUGUCAAGGCGCUCAAGCGCAUCGUCAUGCGCUGCGGCGUCAUGGGCUUCUGGAUCUAGGCUCACACCACAGCUAGGGCGCUGCCCUACAACUCUAAAUUGUGGGCAGCUACCCACAGCUUGGGCAAAACUGUGUGCCGCUUAGUGACGCGCCUGAAUCACUCGGUGGUGGGUCUGUGGGAGCAGCGGCCUUCCAAAGACCCGCUCGCAUGGGCAUCGUCUCCCGGUUGUCAAACGCAGCAUGGCAGUAGCGGCGCGUUUGAAUUGCAGUGUUUCUAGAAGAGGCGCGGCUCUUCGCGGAGCCUGACUCAUCCAAAGAACAAGCCUUGGGGAUGCAUUGUGGCAUGACAGCAGCGCCGCAUCGGCACUGCCAUGUGAAGGGCCAGUGUACGCAAUGUCAGCCUCUUUGAGAGGGCCAAAUGGCAGGGACACCCACGCACAAGUAAAGGAAGGAUCAAGCAAUGUGGGAUUUAAGGAGCCCGCUGUGUGGGGUUGGGUCGGGACUCCUUUCUGGGAGCGCCUCAUCAAGUCGGGGCGCUCCUGGCGUUGGCACCCAGCAGAGCUGGUGUGCUGCCUGUAUACUCAAACCUUCAGAUUCUCUUGUAUAGUGUAUUGGAACUUGUAGCUGGGGCAUUUUGUACAGAUGUAUUAUCGAAGCGGGUCCCGGGCCAGAGGGCCUCCUCUGGGCCUCCUCUUGUGUAUGAGCAAAGGGGACUACAUCUUCAAGAACACAAGACUGGCACAGACGUUGCCUCCACAUGGCCACACAAUGGGGAUCCUGGCUGCCCUGUAGAGAUCUGCUGGUUUUGCGGGGAAGACCACAGUAUCAUUGAAGAAGCAGAUGCACGUGCGUGGCUUCAUCUUGCCGCCAUGAAUGUUUAUGAGCAAGGCAGAGUGCCAUUUUUGAUAAUUUCGCAGCGCUGCCAGCAUGUGUACAUAAGCGUGUAUUUUUGCCAAUGUAAGUGUAGCCUUAUUGAAUGGCAGUGCAUGAAGUUUGGAUGCGUAUCAGCAUCCCACAGCUACAAGCAGAAUAGUCGUGUAAAGGCGUCAAUGCC